AACGAGACAGAAAAUCACUGCCGCUUAACUCAUUUGAAGGUCGUCAAAUAAACCGGAUUUGCAGCUCCCCGUUGUUGUCACUUCUCCUCCUAUCACCUUCACUGCUCUCUUCUCAUUUUCAGUUUCUUUGUCCACGGAAAAGCUAUUGUAGCUACUCUCUGCUCGACCCUCGACCUCCGCGCUGUUCUCCUUAGUACAGCCAACAAUGAUGAUGCUAUACGACGGGAUUAAAGAAAUAUUGAAGAUUCAAAAGUUCCGCAGGAUUGUGUCAUACACUGGUUUCUAUGGUUUUGUUGCGGUCUUGAGCUACGCAUACACGAGUAAUACAACAAGAGCUGGAUAUUCUAGAGCUGACCAAUUUUAUGCAUCUUACCCUGCCGGAACUGAGUUGUUAACUGACACAACUAAGUUAUAUAAAGCCGCACUUGGGAAUUGCUUUGAAUCAGAAGAUUGGGGACCAAUUGAGUAUUGUAUAAUGGCUAAGCACUUUGAGCGUCAAGGAAAAUCACCGUAUGCUUAUCAUGCUCAAUAUGCAGCACACCUUCUUUCUCAUGGACAACUCGAUGGGAGUGGCUAGGAAAGAGUCCAAGUUCAUUUCCAGAAAGAAUCAAUCAUCACCAUUUCGGCAUUUCCACCUCCUUUCUCAUGGACAACUCGAUGGGAGUGGCUAGGAAAGAGUGCAAGUUCAUUUCCAGGUGCUCAAAUGGAUAUUUCUUGACAAUAAUAUAUAAACUGAGCGGUUGGUAACAUUUCAACUUUCAAGUCGUUGGAUGCUAAUGAAGACUGUCUGGUGCUUUCAUUAAUGUGAAAUACAACUUGUUUGACAUAUUCUAUUGUGCCUUUGGUUUCCUUAUACUGCAAUCAUGGCAUAUUUUUUGUUCGUAUAUUUUUUACUCAUCAAUAUCAGUGAAUAUUUUGGUCUUUAA